CAGAUGGAGCUGUCAGAGGGAGAGGCACAAACGUGAGGGAGCUAGCCAGGAUGGAUCUGAGACUGUAAAUGUUCAUAUAGGGCGGCAGGGUAAAGCUGCAUGUGGAGAUUGUCGCAUUGUCUAGGGCUUGACCUUUCUCCAUCUCAUUGCCUUUAAUUGCAGAGGGAGUUGAGCCCUUUUACCGUGGCACGACCUGACACUGGUGGGGAGCGCGGGAAGCCGCCGGGACCGGACCCUGGUGGGGAGCGCGAGAAGCCGCGCGAGCCAGACAACUGGACAAUAAAGGCUGGAGCCUCAAGUGGACACUCACCAGCAGCGCGAACUACACUGCCGGACAAUAAGAGCAGCAGCCUGACGAGGGCUUCAACGUGUGGUUUUAUUUCAUUUUUAAAAUUCUGCCCCCCCCCCCCCCCUCAGUUUGCAACACAAUCAACCGAGGCCAAAACCGGUCUUCCCGAUUCUUUGAAAGGCCCUCGAGAGACUUUUUUAAUAUUGUAGCGUCUAGAGUCACCUCAUGAGUGAAGUCCAAUCAGCCUUGGUAAUGACAGAAGUUUAUUUCACCUCUAGUCCUGUAGAAAAGCGAUACAUGAAUGUGUAAGGAACUGGCUAUCUGCUUCUCUGAAAUACAGCUGCUGGACCAAUAGAUCGCAAUCAUUUUCACAAUGAAGAAAAGUAGAAGUGUCUUGGCAGUGACAGCGGAAGAUAAUGGUAAAGAUUCCACAGACUAUGGUCUCAGCAAAUCUUAUACUUCAUCUGGAACCAUAAUUGGAGUGGAUUUACGAAGAGGAAGGCGACGUUUCUCUGGUAAUCUUCAAUUGCCACCAUUGGCUUGGAGGCAGGGAGAAAGAGCAAAGACUCCAGAAAGAGAUAGUAUACCAAGACCUACUACUUUACCAUUGCGAGUACCCCCAAGGAUAGCUAUUACACCUGUAGACCAAGAUUGUUUUGAUGUUGAGAAUGGUCCCUCUCCAGGCCGGAGUCCAUUGGAUCCUCAGGUCAGCCCUGGAUCAGGACUUGUAUUGCACACUAAUUUUCCAAGCCACAACCAACGACGAGAAUCCUUUCUGUAUCGCUCAGACAGCGAUUAUGAAUUGUCACCAAAGUCUAUGUCUAGGAAUUCAUCAAUUGCAAGUGAAAUACAUGGAGAUGACUUGAUCGUUACACCAUUUGCACAGGUACUGGCCAGCUUGCGGAGUGUGAGGAGUAAUUUCUCGGUACUAACAAACAUUCAUGGAGCAUCAAGCAAGAGAUCCCCAGCAACAAGUCAACCAUCAAUUACCAGAAUCAGCCUCACAGAAGAAUCCUAUCAAAAGUUAGCCAUGGAGACUCUGGAAGAAUUAGAUUGGUGUUUGGAUCAACUUGAGACAAUACAAACCUACCGGUCAGUCAGCGAGAUGGCUUCCAAUAAGUUCAAGAGAAUGCUGAAUCGUGAGCUCACCCAUCUCUCGGAGAUGAGUCGCUCUGGCAACCAAGUCUCCGAGUUCAUUUCCAACACCUUUUUAGACAAGCAGAAUGAUGUGGAGAUGCCCUCCCCGACACAGAAGGACAGAGACAAAAAGAAAAAGCAGCAACUCAUGACACAAAUCAGUGGAGUAAAAAAACUGAUGCACAGUUCCAGCCUCUCACACUCCAGCAUCCCCCGAUUUGCUGUCAAAACUGACUUGGAGGAGUUUCUUUCCAAGGAGUUGGAUGACCUGAAUAAGUGGGGCCUUAACAUAUUUAAAGUGGCAGAGUUUUCAAACAAUCGACCACUCACCUGUAUUAUGUACACUAUCUUCCAGGAGCGGGAUUUGCUGAAGACAUUUAGGAUCCCUGUUGACACAUUUGUAACGUACAUCAUGACACUGGAAGACCAUUACCAUGGGGAUGUGGCCUACCAUAACAGCUUACAUGCUGCUGAUGUUGCGCAAUCAACACACAUUCUUCUUUCUACUCCGGCAUUAGACGCAGUGUUCACAGAUCUUGAGAUUCUUGCUGCAAUUUUUGCAGCUGCAAUCCAUGAUGUGGAUCAUCCUGGUGUCUCCAAUCAAUUUUUAAUUAACACCAAUUCUGAGUUAGCACUGAUGUACAACGACGAGUCUGUGUUAGAAAACCACCAUCUGGCUGUAGGUUUCAAACUGCUGCAGGAAGAUUCCUGUGACAUUUUUCAAAAUCUCACCAAGAAACAGCGGCAGAUGCUGAGGAAGAUGGUUAUUGAGAUGGUGUUGGCCACUGACAUGUCAAAACACAUGACCUUAUUAGCAGACCUCAAGACAAUGGUGGAAACAAAGAAAGUGACAAGUUCGGGUGUUUUACUACUUGACAAUUACACAGAUAGAAUACAGGUUCUUCGUAACAUGGUGCACUGUGCUGAUUUGAGCAAUCCCACAAAGUCUCUGGAGCUGUACAGGCAGUGGACAGAUCGGAUCAUGGAUGAAUUCUUUCAUCAGGGAGACAAAGAACGGGAGCGAGGCAUGGAAAUCAGCCCAAUGUGUGAUAAGCACACGGCAAUAGUUGAAAAAUCCCAGGUUGGAUUCAUCGACUACAUUGCACACCCUUUAUGGGAAACAUGGGCUGACCUUGUUCAUCCUGAUGCCCAGGAUAUACUGGACACAUUAGAGGACAAUAGAAAUUGGUAUCAGAGUAUGAUCCCUCAGAGCCCAUCCCCUUCCCCUGAUGAGCGAGAGAAAGAAGGGCAGUAUUCCACUGAAAAAUUCCAGUUUGAACUCACACUGGAAGAAGACGAAGAUUCAGAAGGGACUGAGAAAGAGGAAACAAGCCAGGGGGAGGAGGACAGCAGUUGUCAGAGUUGCGAAACAAAAAUAUUUGUCGCACUGGAGUCAGAAAGCCAGGAGACUGAAGUGGAAGAGACACAAGCAGAUCCCCUCAUUGAAGACACAUCACCUAUAGAUACGUAAAUACUCUACAAAAGUGGACAUUUACUUAUUGUCACAUGCACAAAUUAUCUAUAGGGGAAAACCUAGGAUGUUGGUUUUAAACCCAAGGUUUUGCAAAUGAAAGCUUACCACUCUGGUUCAGAUGAUCAAUUAACAUUGAUGGCAAGAUUGGAGGGCCAAAGGUAGAUUAAACAUUUAGGAGGUUUGAAGUGUGGGCUUAAUUGCAAGCCAAGUUUAUUUGAAACUAUUGGACAAAAGCCGUCUAAGAUUUAACUGGGGAUAAGCAUGCAAAUUGAUGACACAAUACUGAGAGAUUUUGUACUGCAAGACACUGAAACUGUAUGACAGUCUCAAUAAUAUGAACUAGCUUUUCAUGUAGGAAACUGUUCUUUGUUCAGUUAAUUAUGUCUUAGGACUGUGUGCCUUUUGAAAAAUGUUUUUGUCCUUCCAAAAGUGUUUUAUUUAAUUGAACACAAUUUACUAAAGUCCUAACAAAACUUUUCUACAUAUAAAGAACAGAACAGGAACAAAUCCAUUUAUAAUUCUUUUCAAGAUUAAGAUAAAUUAGAAUUAAGUCUUCCGGUUCCCUUCAUAGAUAGAAUGGCAAUACCUUACAAAUAACUGCAAACUGCUUUUGAAAAUUUAUUCUUUGGUGCAUCUUUACUUUUAAAGUUUAAAAUGGAUUAACUGUUCAUAGCCUAUUUUAAAGUAUCCCAAAAAAUUUUCAGUCGUAUAAACAUGUUCUGUUUUAUACCUAGCUUUUUUAAAAAUAACAUUUUGGGAAAUUUUGAGUACUUGCUUAUUACACACUGCCACAGUCCUACAUCUAGGAGAAAAGGCAAAUUAGCAUUGCUUAAUAACGAAAAUUGGAUGAUUUAACCACAAUGUGAAAAUUAUCCCUUUGAAAUGUAUUUAAUAGCAAGCGUUAAUCCCAAAUCACCAUCCGGUCUGUAGUUAAAAGGAUGUAGAUGGUAGAUUGGGUGGUUCCAAAAGGUUGAGCACAGCUUUUCACCUCUGAGUUCAAAUCCAACUCUGUUGGGUUGAAAGUCUCCUCUUUUUGCUGGGUCCUAACUGAUGUGAAUUUGCGGUGAUCUCAACUCUGCCAUGGUCACACAGCAUAAAAUUACUUACAAGUCCAGAGGAUUGGGUCCAAAUUGGCAAGUUCACUUUGAGACGCUACCGGAAUGGUUGAUUUUGGAAGUGAAAAGAUUUUCGAGAUCACACAAAUGAGGAAGACCACUCAUCCAUAUAGAAUAAUAAUGAAAACUAACACAUGCUCCCCCAUCAUUGCACUUAGCUUUCAUAUUAGUGCAGUUGGAUAUGUCCUUCUGAGUCAGUGACUGAGGCCUGUUGUUGAGGCAAGGUCAAGGGUGCUUUCUUGUUUUAUACCAUAUUUAAUGUUAACACUGGGUGCCUGAAAUGGGAUAGUGUUACAUUUCUGAGAACUGAAGUCCCUAUCUUGAUAAAUACAAAAAUAUAAAUCAAAAAGAAAGGGUAGAGACAAUAUGCUGCUUCUACAUUCUACAUCACCUGAACUGAACACAGCUAAUGAGAUUCAUAUUUGCAUUAUAUUACUUUUCUCUCUACUAUUUCUUAAUUAUCUGUUGGAAACAUUCUAUAAUGGCAUUUAAAUGUUGCCAUGACAAUCUCCAGUUUUGCAAAAUGGAUAAAUCAGUGAGAGCUGGGAUUUCCUUGACGUAAAGACAAAAUUUUCAUAAACAAUUUUAUAAUUUCUAUGGUAACCUAUCAGCUAUUUGAUUAGAGUUUAUUAGUUGGCAUAAAAUUUCUCAAAUCCUUCAGAAUGUAAUUUCUUGUUUUUCUAAAUCAUGAAUGCAUGCUGGAAAAUUACUCAAUAGUAAGACUUACUACCUAUAGACUUUAAUAAGGUGAAGCAAAUUAUUCUUGAAUUUUGAUUCAACUAACCAGUUCAAUGCCUGAUAAUUAUCCUGUGGGAGGGGGAAAUAUAGUGAAUAUUUCUUCUACCUGCUCUUCAAAAUGAAAGCUACAGAAUGGGAGGAGAUUUCAGCUCUUUGGUUUCAUACAUUUUCAUGUCUGUACAUCUAAAACAGACUGAUUUUAAUGAACAUUGUAUGAUCAGGGGUAGGCCAAAACAGCCUGAUAUCCAUUAAUGAAAACAGAGAAUGCUGGAAAUACUCAGUAGGUCUGGCAGCACCUGUGGAUGUGAAACUAAUGAAUGAAAAUUCUGAUGAAAAUUCAUCAACUUGAAUCAUUAACCCUGCUUCUUUCUCCAGAUUUGCUGCCAGACUUGCCAAGUAUCUCCAGCAUUUUCUGUUUUAUCCAGAUUUCUAGCAUCUGCAGCACUUUGCUUCUCUCACCAUCAAUGCUAGACAUAAUAAUAAUCUACAUUUUUAAAAUGCCUCUUCAAAGGGAAAUAUAUUCCACUGGAUAGUCACAUAAUUCAAGGCCGUUAAUUGGCUUACUGAUACCUCGCAGUCAGACCUUGCUCCUCUGUUAAUACCUUAAAAUCACUAGCACCACUGUUCAUUGUUUCUAUUCAUGGUGUUACAGUUCAAGAAAAACAAGAUGUCUAGGUGUAGGCUGCUUCUAACUUGCAGUUUUAAAAAAUGUAACAUGGCAACAAGUGUUAUAUUGGGAGUCUCUAGUGAGCAUUUAAAUAUCUUUAAGUGUUAUCACAUAGGACUAUGAUGCUAUUCACUUAAAUGCACCUACUCUUUAAUUUAUUUAGAUGUAUUUAAAUUCUUUUACGUCAGUUUGUAUUUUUUAUUUUGUGUGCCAUCCUUUGUACAACACUGCUGAUUACAUUCUUAGAGCUUGCUCAUUUCUAUCUAGAAUCAUGUAUUUAUAUCAUGUACAUACUGUAAUGUUUAUUGUAAAUUAUUAAUUUAUACAUUAACAUUGCCUGUAAGGUGGUGUUACUGUGUAGAAAAUUCCAGGUGAGAGUUCUCUUCUUCUUACCAUUGAUUUUUUUAUUAUUGUGUAAUAUAGUACAACCUGAACAGUAGUGAUAAAGAGACAUAUGGAACCCAGAAAUUACAGAUAUUUGUGUCAAGGUUUUUUCAGUUAUCAAAACUAGUCCACCACAGAUUACAGUCUAAAACUAUUUAAUGUGCAACUGUGAAGCAAUGUCUGGGAUAACUGUUAAGAACUUAAAGCUACAAAACAAAAAAAUAAUUGCAGUCUGAUGUCAGUAUCUUGUAAACUACAUUUAAGCUUUUGGUCCAAAUUGUGUUGAAAACGGUUUAGCAGAUUGGAACGUCUGCAUGAGUAAUGGGUUUAUAUGUCUGUUAAACAUUGCAAUGUUUCAGGUGGCAAUUUCCUUAAUGUUUUCUCAGUCUCACACAAUGUAUGGUAUAGUAUUGUAUAUUGUGUUCAGAAACCUUUUAAGAGAUUUUUAUAUGAAGCGAUUAAACAAAAGCAUGGAUAUAUUUUAUGUUCUUUCAAUUUUAUUGCAUUUUGGAAGUUAUUAAAUAGCACCAUUGGUGCUUUUGCACCCCA